AUGAGUCUGGGAAAGCUUCCAGGGAUUAAAGGCCUUGUGUCGGGCUCUCAGGGGAAACGGCGCUUCAAGAGCGAGCUCUCCGUGGAUAUGAUCAGCCCGCCGCUGGCUGACUUCCGACACACCAUGCACGUCGGACGUGGAGGGGACGUGUUUGGCGACACUUCCUUCCUGAGCAACUAUGGGGGUGUCAAGGAACCAGGAAGUCCAGACUCAGCGAGCAGCUCCAAGUCAACCGGUUUCUUCACGCGCACCUUUCGGCACGUGCGGCGGACGUCUGGUCCCAGGACCCGAGCUGGUUCCCGAGACUUGUCAUCCCCUCCUCCAGACAUCUCACCCAUCAUUAAAAAUGCCAUCUCUUUGCCUCAGCUGAACGUAGACUCCGUGAAUGGAUGCCUCCAGGGGGCGCUGUUCCCAAACUCCAUCAGCUCAGUGGACGAUUCCUUCUGCGCCUAUGGUGUCCAGUCUGGAUUUGUCACCCUGCCUCGAUUCUCCAGACUUGAGAGAGAGUUCCAAGAUGGAGACAGCUGGAGAAGGUCUUCUCUGACUCGCUCAGAUUCCCUCACUUCAUUCACCGUCGACCUCGGCCCGUCUCUCAUGACCGAAGUGUUGAGCUUGAUUGACAACCCCGGCUCCCUUCGAGUGUCCAACCACAGCCAGGCUGCAGGUGAGGAAGAGGAAAAAGAUGAAGACAGCUCAUUCAUGGAGACACCUGUGCAGACCCCUACCGUGACUUCACCCAACCCUUCCAUGUGCAGCGAGUCACUCAGUCACAACAUGAAUGGAAGACAGAGUUAUAAUCAGACAGGGACAGAGGACGGGAGGAUUACGAGGACACGGGACAUGUCUUCUGGGUUUUCUCACAGAGAGGAGCCAGUAAUGGAGGCAGAGCGGUUCCAUAAAGCAGCUGAUGUUCUGGCUCGUCACUACGGUGGAGGCUCCUUCUCAAGAGGAACGAGGACGAGCAGCAAAGUGGCAUCGCCGGCUCUUUACAGGAAUCACAAAAAAUCAUACGCCUUCUCCGAGGACGAGGAGGAGGAGGAGAUCAAAGUUUAGAUUUCAGGACUCAGAAACCCAUCGAUACAUGUAAAACAGAGAUGAACAAUAAUCCUGUUGAAACAUGAAUUAUUAUUUAUGUUAUCUAACAAACACACAGAUCUUUUUUCUACUUUUUAAAUAGAUUUAUUAUUUCUAACCUGAUGCAAUUAUGAUGCUCAGCAAACUCUCGGCUGUUUACUUAAACGUUUAAACAUAUAAAAACUAUAUUUGUGAGUUCAUCAUUUACUCAGAAUCAUUAUGUUAAUACAUUAUUUUACACGCCUAUAAAUAAUCUAACUCGUGUUUUAUGCUGUGUACAUUUGUAAUAUUUAUCUGAAGACUUUGUGAUAACUUCCUGUAAAAAGUGUAAUGUUCAACUACUUAGACUACAUUACACGGUAGUGUUAGAAUUGAUGUUCACCUCCUCUGGUUACCUGCACCCUGAUUAAAACAGUAUUAUUUAACCAUC